GAGAGGAGCCGCGGCCCCUGCAGGCCGGGGGCCGGCGUCGCGAUGGGAUCCCCCGCGGCCCCCGAGGGCGCGCUGGGCUACGUCCGCGAGUUCACGCGCCACUCGUCCGACGUGCUCGGCAACCUGAACGAGCUGCGCCUGCGCGGGAUCCUCACUGACGUCACGCUGCUGGUUGGCGGGCAACCCCUCCGAGCGCACAAGGCGGUCCUGAUCGCCUGCAGUGGCUUCUUCUAUUCCAUUUUCCGGGGCCGAGCGGGCGUCGGGGUGGACGUGCUGUCCCUGCCUGGAGGCCCCGAAGCCGGAGGCUUCGCCCCUCUCCUGGACUUCAUGUACACUUCGCGCCUCCGUCUCUCUCCCGCCACUGCACCUGCUGUUCUUGCCGCGGCCACCUACUUGCAGAUGGAACAUGUGGUCCAGGCGUGCCACCGCUUCAUCCAGAGCAGCUGUGACCCUCUGGGCAUCUCGCUGCGGCCCCUGGUGGCGGAACCCCCCACCCCCUCGACGGCACCUCCACCGGGCAGCCCCAGGUGCUCCGAAGGACACCCAGACCCACCAACGGAGUCUCGUAGCUGCAGCCAAGGUCCCCCGAGUCCCGCCAGCCCCGACCCCAAGGCCUGCAACUGGAAGAAGUACAAGUUCAUCGUGCUGAACUCUCAGGCUUCCCAAGCAGGGAGCCUGGUGGGCGAGAGGAGUUCCGGGCAGCCUUGCCCCCAGGCCAGGCUGCCCAGUGGAGACGAGGCCUCCAGCAGCAGCAGCGAGGAAGGACCCAUUCCCGGUCCCCAGAGCAGGCUGUCUCUGUCUGCGGCCACUGCACAGUUCAAAUGUGGGGCACCAGCCAGUACCCCGCAUCUGCUCACUCCUCGGGCUCAGGAGACCACCCGAUCACCCUCUGAGCAGGCUCGUCCACUGCCGGGAAGUGAAUUUUUCAGCUGCCAGAACUGCGAGGCUGUGGCUGGGUGUUCAUCGGGGCUGGACCCCUUGGCUCCCGGGGAGGAGGACAAGCCCUACAAGUGUCAGCUCUGCCGCUCCGCCUUCCGCUACAAGGGCAACCUGGCCAGCCACCGCACGGUGCACACAGGGGAGAAACCUUACCACUGCUCCAUCUGCGGGGCCCGCUUUAACCGGCCGGCGAACCUGAAAACACACAGCCGCAUCCACUCGGGAGAAAAGCCCUACAAGUGUGAAACGUGCGGCUCGCGCUUCGUGCAGGUGGCGCAUCUGCGCGCGCACGUCCUCAUCCACACCGGCGAGAAGCCCUAUCCCUGCCCCACCUGUGGGACUCGCUUCCGCCACCUGCAGACGCUGAAGAGCCACGUGCGCAUCCACACAGGAGAGAAGCCAUACCAUUGCGACCCCUGCGGCCUGCAUUUCCGGCACAAGAGUCAACUUCGGCUGCAUCUGCGCCAGAAGCAUGGAGCCGCUACCAACACCAAAGUGCACUACCACGUUCUGGGGGGCCCCUAGCCGAGCGCGGGCCUGGACCCCACUUGCUUCCUAAGAGCCAGGAAGGCUGCAGGCGCAGGCGAGGGGGUGGGCAAGGCCACUUCUGGUAUCUGAAACUGCUGCCACCUUCCUUCCUUGCUGGGGAGAGCAGGGGUGGCAGGUCCUGGCUAGAUCUGCCUCUGUUUUGCUGGUCAAAACCUCUUCCCCACAAUGCGGAUUGUCUAGGCAGGGGCUGGCGGAAGAGAAAGACUGGCGGUCUGGUUUCCUUAGAGGGAACAGCCCUCCAGCUGCAGCCUCUGUCUCGCUGGGUUUCUCUGUACAUAUAAUUUAUUGAGGCCUUUGGGUGGCGCCAGGGCCGUCUCUAUGGCGUCUCCCACUUCCCUGUUCCACAAGUGUGAUCAAACGUGACCCAAGACACAGAAGAUGAGGUCACGGCUCUGCUGGCAGAGAUUAGCACUUGGCUCUGUCUCCUGGCUGAAGUGCUUUAUAUUGUUCUUGUCAUAACUUUUAUCUUUAGAAUUGUCCUUUCUCCUGUCUGUUUGCUUUAAACAGAGAAAGGGGUUCUCUGUGUCCUGGCCCUCCUGUUCGAGGUCUGGAACCUUUGUUUGAGGGCAGCUCUGGGAACAUGUGGGAUUGUGGGAUUGGGUCAGGCUCCCUCCCUGGUGUUCUAGGUGCUGUAGGUUCUCUAGCUGGCUAGACAUGGAUGUAGUUUUGUUUUGUUGUUGUUGUUGUUUUUUGUUUUUUUUUUUACCCUCCCUGUUCUUCACAGGUGAUAGGAACCUCUAUGGAGCUAUGAAAUGCCUCCUGAAGACUGGGGGUGCAGGCUGGAUUCUGUGUCACCCCCAGUGGAGGCUGGAAGGGUGGCCCAGAACCCAUGCUGUCCAUUGAACCGGUCACCUGGGUCUGUUUCCACAGUAGCCAUCUCUCACGGUAGAGCUCACCCAAGGGCUAGGGCUGAGCCCACAAUCACCAGGACCCGUUCUUAGUGCUGAGUUGAGCCCUCCCUGGGGGAGGGAGCUGGAAUUCCCUGUCAGACACGAUAUAAGCUUUUCAGAUUCUGCCCAGUCUCUUGAGUGCCCACGACUUAGGGGAGAAUCACACAACUCGUCACCGUCACUGGGUGGUAACGCAUCAUGAGCCGCCCUUUGCUGCAGAGGCAUCCGCAUUUGCAUGUUCCUUGGGGUUCUCUCUACCUGAAAUGGGCCCUUGCUUCCUUUAAUGGGUUUUUGGACAUCUUCCGGCAAGUGUCCGAAUUCCAGAAACUCCUUUGCCUCUAGAAGUCACAGGUGCUUGGUCACUUUCUUACCAUGGAAAAGCUGGGUCUGUGACCCAGUCUUCCCAUCCCUGCAUUCCUGUCUAGUGCCUUCCGCAGGAAGACAAGGGGCUGAGUUCCAUUCUGGGUUUGUUGUGGUUUGGGAUUACUGGAGAGGGAUGAGAUGUAAGAGAUUGGAAAGGCUGGGUCAAAGGCCCGAAAGUUGACAGUUUCCAGGUUAGGAGUAAGAAGUUGGCUGAGGGUUGUGGUUUUUGGUGGAGGCCAAGUAGGUAGAAAGUUAGGAAUGGGGUUGUCUCUUGGCUGGCUGGAGCGUCUGGAUGUUAGGUAAUGCUCUGAGUCCUUGGGGCCUAUUUGAUGAUAAGACUGGGGGGGAGGAGUGGAAGGUAAGAAGCACUUUUGACUUUGUGCGCCAGAACUUCAAGAUAAGUCACUUGGGGAUUGGUGAGAAGGCUACUCUUCUUCUUCCCCUCUUACUCCCCACCACCCCAUCCCAGAAUUGAGGGAGGAAGAAGAAGGGUGGUGUGAGAAGGAAGCCUGAUUUCUCUUUAGCAGACUGGAUGGGGAGGUGGAGAGCUCCUGGGGGCAAAGAUGUUAGAUUUUGCAAAAUCAGAUCCUUGGA